AAGGAAAACUCCAUCAGCAUGAAGGAAUUCAUCCUCCUGGGCCUCUCAGAGAACCGAGGGGUCCAGACAAUAUAUUUUGUGGUCUUCCUGCUUUUCUGUACACUCACAGUGGCAGGAAAUCUCAUAGUUCUCAUUGUGACGAGCAGCCAGCACCUGAACUCCCCCAUGUACUUCUUCCUCUGCCGCCUCUCUUUUGUAGAUGCUUGUUACUCUGUCACAGCUCCCCAAAUUUCUGGCUUCCUGGUGGAAAAUAAAACCAUCUCCUUUGCAGGUUGCAUAGGGCAGCUCUUUGGGCUUCAUUUUUUUGGCUGCACAGAGGUUUUCAUCCUGACAGCCAUGGCCUACGAUGGCUGCAUGGCCAUCUGCCGGCCCUUGCGCUAUCCUGCACUUGCAUCCCGCCGCCUCUGCAGCCGCAUGGUUGGGGUCUCCUGGGCUGGGGGCUUCCUGUAUUCCACCCUCCAGACCCUUCCACCACCCUGCUCCCUUUCUCCCAACAAAGUCACCCACUACUUCUGUUAUGUUCACCCCCUGCUCCCCCUGGCCUGUGCUGCAUCCGUGGUGGCCAACAGUGGGGUCAGAUCCCUGAGCUGCUUCCUCCUCCUGGGACAGACUCUGCACGCCUUCGCACCCACCAUCCGGUGGCCUGUAGUGGCCAUGUUCUACACACACAUCACACCCAUGCUCAACCCCCUCAUCUACACCCUUCAGGAUGGGGAGGUGAAGGGAGCCAUGAGGAAACUGUGCAGGAGGAAAGUGGGAAGCAGAAAUGGGAAGGGGUAG